UUCUUCCGCCACAACCACUCGACUCCGGUCUGAUAAUCUUGAGAUAUUCGAUCCAUCCGAUCUUGACACAACCAUUAUCGAUUCACGACCGUUGUCGGUUUCCGAUCCAACCUCUAAUUCUCAGACUGGAACGAAGAGAGAGGCGGGGGUUUAUAUCGCAAUCGCCCUCCCACCGCAGGUGAAAGAAUGGUUCGUGCGUCGUUGUUCGGUCCUGAACUGGCUUCACAAGCGUCAUAACAUAGUUAAACCAUGGCACCAACGCACGAAGCACUCGUCGCUCAUCGCGACGACCGUCGUUUUCGCGAGCUCUACCGCUAUUUCCAGCCUGCGAACCCUGCCGCUUUACUCUAUCAACUCCAAAAUGAUUUGUCUAAUUCACGAGAACCUUCGGCGGAUUCGGAUGACGUGCCCACAGUCGAACGGAAUGUCGGGAACCCGUUGGCGGUGUCCUUGAUGCCCCCCCAAGAGGAUCUUCGGAGCCCUAAUACGAUAUUGACCUCUUUUGCUCAGUUGGCUGCCCACAAGUUGAAUGUAGAAAGAGCUAUAAUAUGUGUAUUGGGCCGUGAUUCGGAAUAUAUCCUCGCCGAAGCUCCCCGGGUCGAACAAACAAGUGCCCAAAGUCUGUGGAUCGGAUACGGUAGUGAUGGACGUUUCGGACCUACUUUGAAUCUUAAUACUGUUGCGCUGCCGGCAUCUACAAAAACAGAUUACCAGUUCCAGAUCGUCAACGACUUGUCGGCUGAUGAACGAUACGCGGAUUUACCAUUUGUGGCUAAUGAGCCUCAUUUUCGGUUUUACGCUGGCACUCCUCUGACGACUGAAAACAACAUCAACAUUGGAGUCUUAUUCGUUCUUGAUCCCGAACCUCGGCCAAAUGGGUUAAGUGACCACGAAAAGGAGUCACUGGGUUCCUUAUCAAGCAUGUCGAUGGAUUUUCUACGCGUGAGUCGGCAAGCUGCAGAAGGACGGCGUGCUGCUCGUUUAUCGCGUGGUUUGAGCUGCUUUGUCGAAGGCAGUUCUAGUUUUGUAGACGGUCUUGGUUCACUUCCGUCCGGCUCUCAUUCCGGCUCGCAUAGCGGUUCUCAGCAUGGUUCCGCCAUAUCACCCAUAUCUGCCCGGUCCUCAGCAUCGCCUCCAGCAGUCGGAAGUCCAACUACCCGGUCUCGGCGCUCCAGAGGUUCGCGAGGAAGCAGCGUAGAUGUACGCCCAAGCCGGUCACCAGGCCCGUCCUCUUCGGAAGGCAAAGCCGAGACUGGCACUUCCUCUGAUGUGACGACACCCCUUCCCGAUUGGCUGAUUGCUGGGACAAAGAGUUCCAAAGCUCGUUUGGCCGACGAAAUGCACAACAACCACUGGACAUUUCGCCGUGCGGCAAAUCUAAUCCGCGAAAGUCUGGAACUGACCGGUGACGGCGGCGUUAUCUUUCUCGAAAAUAGCACUAUGCCUUUGGAUGUUGAUAACGGCCGGGUGGAGUAUUUUGAAGAUGCAGACUCUCCGGUUUCUGUCCUGGGGGUAUCGACGAACGAAGAGCCAUUUGCACCCGAACCUGGAUCCAAUGCGACAUGUGCUGCGGCAAAUUGCGACCGACGAUUUUUGCAAAACGUUCUGCGCCGCUAUCCCAAGGGUAAAGUCUGGACUUUUCACCAAGAUAGGACAUUGUUUGCCUCUUCAGAUGACGAUGAGAAGAGCCCAAAUUCACCAGUUUCGGCGGUCAGGACCCCAGACGCACCUCCGGGUACCAGUAAGAAAUGGCGAGCUUCUGAAGCUACACAAUUAGCCAAGUAUUUCCCCAAUGCAAGCCAGGUGCUCUUUGUACCGCUAUGGAACGCUGCGACAUCUCAGUGGUAUGCUGGAUGCUUCUGUUGGAGUUGUACCGAGACCCAGGUUUUUAGUCCGACUGUGGAAUUAGCAUCAAUCAUGGGAUUCGGGUACUCGAUCAUGGCCGAGUUGAGUCGUUUGGAAUCGAUUAUAGCCGAUCGACAAAAGGGUGAUUUUAUCGGCAGUAUUUCUCAUGAAUUGCGGAGUCCACUGCAUGGAAUCCUUGCGGCGGCAGAAUUCAUGGACGGUACAUAUAUGAACGAAUUCCAGAAAUCACUGCUGGAAACUAUCAAUGCUUGUGGGCGGACGUUGCUUGAUACGAUGAACCAAGUGCUUGAUUUCAGCAAGAUAGUAUCGCUCGAGAAGAGUUGGCGACAGGUGAAGAAGGCUAGGCGAGACCCGAAAGAUGACGUGGUGGAUAAUGUCAAGGGCAUCGACAGCAUGGCAGCACUACUCGAUACGCAUACCUGCGAGGAUAUCUGCUUGCUAACAGAAGAAGUAGUGGAGGGAGUCUGCCUUGGUCAUUCGUAUGGUCGAUCAGCUAGUGGAUCUACAGGUGUAUCCCGUGCUCCUUCAAUGCCGUCAGGAACGGGUUCUAGUUCACUAUCAACACCGGAUAGCGAGACAGCGGGUGAAAUCCGCCCAGAAGUUGAAGUGAUUGUUGAUAUGAAGGAAGGAAACUGGGUGUACAAAACACAGCCUGGUGCACUGCGUCGAAUUAUCAUGAAUAUUUUCGGCAACGCGAUGAAAUACACCGAUACGGGACAUAUUAUUGUUCGUUUGGAAUCUGUCAAGAGUGAAGAAUCGUCAGCAAAAUCGAAAGUUCGGAAUGAUUCUGAUGAGCUUGUCGUACUCACUGUUUCGGAUACGGGCAAAGGCAUAUCUGAAGAGUUUCUUCGAGCGCGUCUAUAUACACCUUUUGCUCAGGAGGAUACUUUGGCGGUCGGCACGGGCUUGGGAUUGUCUAUUGUGCGCAGUAUUGUUAAGUCUUUGGGUGGUCAUAUCGGGAUUCGCAGUCGACCUGGGGAGGGGACAAGUGUUAAAGUUACAUUACCUCUUCCGCGGCCAGGGCCUGAGGACGGAACUUCGCCCGUGGCGCGGCCGCAUCAGUCCGUGCCAGGUCAAGAACUGCAUAUUAUCCGUGAACGGUUCUCGGGUAAGAAGGUUGCGAUAAUCGGCUACGAUCCGGAGUCUACUGCUCCUAGUACAAUGUCUUCACUUGCGAAAUAUGUCACGAACUGGUGUGGACUUACUGUUGUACCGUGGUUUGCUUGUGCAGACUCGGCAGAUUUGGUACUUGCUACGGACCGGGGUGUCAACGAAGAGCUGAAAGUCCAGCAAACCGUGAAGGCUCGCGCGAUGGUUGUCAUUUGUAGUACUACCGUCGACUACGAUACUUAUCGCUCGGCCUGGUCAAAGUUGACGAGUGUGGUAGAGUUUCUUUAUCGACCUUGUGGUCCAUACAAGUUGGCGCGAAGUCUACUUCGAUGUUUUAAGCAGGCUGCUGCUCUUCCGCCUGCUGAGUAUGCGAAUACGUUGCAUCCUGGGUUGGUUGACCGCACCCGUGUGCCGAUUCCGGAUACAGAUCAUACACGCAGUACUGGGGAUCUAAAUAACAAUCCGGGACCUUCGUUGGUAGAUCUACGGGCUCACAGUGAACCGCGUCUCGAACCUGCACAACCGGUCAUGCUGUCACCAACGAUUGAACUUCCCGAAAUCAUGGAUGAAGGAAUUCACAAUCGUCGCUCGGCACCUGCUGUCCCCACUCUUGAACGUGUUCAGGGCGAACUUAUGCCAACACUUCCUGAGGAUCGGGCAUUAACCCUCUCACCCGCAACACCGGUUAAUGUCUUGGUUGUCGACGAUAACCAUAUCAAUCUUCGUCUACUAUUAACUUAUCUCAGUCGACGAAAUAUAGCCAACCUAGACUCGGCCGAGAAUGGAAAAAUGGCGGUGGACGCAGUGGAGAAGCGAUCGGAGGGAUACGAUAUAAUUUUUAUGGACAUUUCCAUGCCGGUCAUGAACGGCUUCGAAGCGACUCGAGCAAUCCGUUCUCUGGAGAACGAACGCGAUGAAAAGCGGCCCGCCACAAUUAUUGCUCUGACUGGUCUCAGCAGUGCGCGCGACGAGACAGAAGCAAUGACCUCUGGCGUUGAUCUCUUCCUUACCAAACCGGUAUCACUGAAAGAAGUUUCGCGGUUGUUGGAUGAGUGGCAGCCCAAACAAAUCGACAAUUGAUUUCUUCUUCCUUCUUCUUUUCUGCACUGAUGACUCGACCCGUCAUAUCCCGGUCAUGAGUUUACGAUGUUUUCCUACUUGCUGCUUGUUUUUAUGUUCACUGUUAUAACACAAAAUAUUUCCUCAUUACCUAUAUGCAUGUUUUUUUCUUUAUUUGGGAUAUAUUGGAAGCAUACGGAACUGAUAUGAUACCCCUUUGCAAGUUGUUUUUUCUCUCUAUCAUCUGACCCCCGGAGAACGAUUGGGUCAUGGCGUUUUCUUUUUAUUUCUCUCUCGGGACUGGGAUCUGGAUCUCGCAUAUUUUCGACUUUUCUUUUUGUUAGUGUUGUUUCUGAGGAAACUAACGUGACUACGUGUAUUCUGAAUGAGAGUAUACCUUUUAUGGUUGUGUGGUCGAGGGUGCAGAUGUAUUAAUAAUACGACUUAUACGAUUUAUACGACUGAAGCAGAUAAAGUAGGUUUAACGUUAACUAGAUGAAUGUGAUUAG